GUUCGAUUUUUAAUUAGAGCCUCGUUUUUCAAGUGAUAUGAUAAUCGUACCUUACUAUAAAGUAAUCCUCGGGUGUGCUACAGAGUUUAAUUCAGGAGGAGUGCAAGGUAAAGGAAGGAAACAAAACAAUCGCGUUACUUUGAAAUAUGAUAAAUCAAGUUCAGACAUUCGCCUUGAAGGCGCGAUUAGAUUAUAAAUCAGAGGUAAUUCAACAGUAAUAAGGAUUCGUAAAAGACAAAUAUGAAGCUGUGUUUCGAGAUCAUUAUUAUCGUUCUCUUAUCUAAAUAUGUUAUUUCGGAAACAACAACAACCGAAGAGGAUUCAUCGAGUGGCGAGGGCGAAACUGAAUUAACAGAAGGGCCAAGUGAAGAGGUAAAAAUGGAUAUUGUAACAAAAUUUUUGAGGAUCGUUGACGAGUAUGAUAAAAACAAAGAAAGUUGCAAACCUGGAACGGAGUUUAGCCUUGAAGGGGGGCAAGUCGAGGAACAGUACGGAGUACGAAGAUUUAAGGACCUGGCCAUGAUGGCGGUCAACAGGGCUAAUUUUCUAACGAGAAUUUGGCAAAGAGGAUCAAAAGCUUUAUUAGAAUCCGAAUUCUUCUUUUAUACUCAAGUCAGAUCACUAGUGGAAGAAAACCCUGAUAUUUUUGCCGCCGGCAACUGCUACGACUAUAAGGAAUUUAAGAAUUAUGACCUGUUCUGCCCAUACGCCCAUAGGUACGUCGACGAGCCGGAUAAAAUCGUAGUAAAGGACCUGUCCAUAGGCUAUUACUAUGUUUCCAAUGGUACGGAAUACGAAUGGUUCUCAAAGAUCCGAGAAAAGGCCAACAUGAAAGUUCAAAACGGGGAUUACGAGAUGAAUGAUGGGUACGAAAUAAUUCGUAGAGACCAGACAUCCGCUUAUGACAAGAGAAACGUCAGCCAUAUAAAAUCAGUAUACGAAGAUGGAACUUGGAGCAAGCCAUACUUUGACUGUGGAGGGGGUAAUAUUUGGAUGAUAACAUACACACUGCCUUUCUUCGGAUAUGAUCCAGAUAAUGGAACGUACCAUUUCAAAGGCACUAGUGGUAUUGACAUUGAUUUACAAAAGGUUGACAUAGACCAGUGUCCAGGCGACAGGAAUACAAAUGUCUUCGCUGACUCUGCAAAAUGUAAAAAGAAAACAACUCAGUGUGUACCAAUACUAGGGCAAGGAUUCAGCCGUGGAUCGUACCAAUGUGUUUGUAAAGAUGGUUUUUACUUCCCAGAUACAUCAUCAGUCCAACAAUACUUUAACGGAACUGAGAUUGAAGCACAAUACGACAAGAAAAUGCAGGAUAAUCCCAUGGAUAACUACUACGACUCGUCCUUCUCCUGUCUUCCUUGCGCCCCUGGCUGUGAUAAAUGUGUUGAUGACAAGCCGUGUAUAAUCAGCCUUCACUGGGACCAAAGGAGAGCCAUUCUAGGCCUCAACUCACUAGUUAUGGUGUGGAUAUUUGUACUCAUGUGGUUUACUAUCAACUAUAGAGACGUUAAGGUCCUAAAAGCCGCAAGCCCAAUGUUGUUGCGGAUCAUCCUAUUAGGAGCCUUGUUGUUAUAUUGCCCGAUGAUUGUGAAUUAUUUUGAGCCUACUAUACUCACCUGCUCAUUAAGAUUGUGGCUACGGGAGUUAGGGUUUUCUAUAUCAUAUGGCGCACUAUUACUCAAAACGUGGCGCAUAUCCGUUGUAUUCAGAGUAAGAUCUGCCGCUAGGAUAAAGAUAUCAGAUAUGGACCUAAUAAAGCGUUUGGCAUUAAUAGUAUUGAUAUUUGUCAUAUACCUUUCAAUACGAAUGGCAGUUGGCAGACCAUAUAUAACAAAAGGCGUUCAUACUAGUGGUUUAUAUGCAUUCCAAUGUUCCUGGGACGUUUGGGACUACUGUGGGGCCAUAGGUGAACUCUUAUUUCUAAUAUGGGGUAUUCGGCUAUGCAUAGUGGUUCGAAAAGCACCCUCAGAGUUUAAUGAAAGUAGAUUUAUCAGUUGGGCCAUAUACAACGAGACCCUACUUUCAGUCUUUCUUAAUGUAACAAUGUUUUUUCUCCAAGAGCCUGCAAAUCCAGAUCUGCUGUAUUUAGUUGUAUUCAUCCACACUCAGUUAACAACAACAGUCACAUUAGCUUUUCUAUUUGGCAGUAAGGCCUAUGUAGUGUAUAAAUAUUCCGAUAAGGAGAGUUGCCCAACAGCCAUGAGUCGAGGGUCAAAAUACAUGGCCGCGCCAAAAUCCCAGGGAGGGGGCACAAUGCUUAGUAAUCUAGACUCUAGUGGUAAUACUACAACCUUCCUACUUGAAGAAUGCCAGCAAAAUGGUGGUAUAGAAAAAGAUGUACAGGAAGAAUUUAAAAGACUGUAUAUGCAGAUAGAGACGUUAAAGUUAAAAAAUAUGAAACUGGGUAAUCCUCAUCUAACCAAUAAACUAUCGGCGAUGGCCGACCUCGCAAUGAAAGAGGAACCCCCAGACGACUCAACACCAUCAACGCCAAACCUCAACACAAACAUUAAUGGAAAACGUGUAGUUAUAAACUUAGACGAUUUUAAAGAUGCCACUGCCUUAUAGUGUUGUAAAUACUACAUAUACACAUCAACAAAAUCCACCAGCUUCAAAAUAAUCAUCUUAAAAUGUCGAAUUUGUGACUGAUGGAGAAACUGAUAUACUGGUAUCAUAUCGCCACUGAUAUCCAAAGAGCUACGCCGGGAGUUACGCUUAUAAUAGGCAUUGGUAUUAUCAUAUAUUUACGAGUAUAUCGCCACUGAUAUCCACAGACCAUCGCUUCUAAUAGGUAUUUAAUAGGCAUAUAGGUUUAUAUGGAUACGCACUGGCGGGUCCAGGGGAGGGGGGCAUCCUUACCCUGACCCUUGGGUGAUCCCAGAAAAAAAAUUGGGCCCAAGAAUUUUGCAGGGCCUCAGUUAGUGGGCCUUUUGGGCAUUACUUAGCCUUUUGGGGCCUUUUUAGCCAAGUUAUCAUAAAAUGGGCCUUAAAUUUUUAGAUUUAGGCGCCUAAGUUUUUUUCUGAUUUGAAAUGUGCCCCUUGUUAGCUUCUGGAUCCGUCAGUGAUACGAAUGAAAAAAGUUGAUGACGA